AUGUCCACCUGCCAACCAGACAACGCAUAUGACGGCCGCAUAGGCGUCCGCAUUUCGGCCAUUUUCGUCAUUGGUAUCUGUUCACUGUUCGCAACUUGGUUCCCUGUCUUCGCUGCUAGGCACAGAGGUGUCGGCGUUCCUGAAUGGGCCUUCUUCAUUGCCAAGUAUUUCGGCUCUGGAGUCAUUAUAGCGACUGCUUUUAUUCAUUUACUUGCACCUGCCAAUGAUGCUCUCACCGAUGACUGCCUGUCCGGACCUAUCACUGACUACGAUUGGGUCGAAGGCAUUGUUCUGAUGACCAUUUUCGUCUUGUUCUUUGUCGAGCUCAUGACCAUGCGCUACGCCAAGUUCGGGCACAGCCAUGGGCAUGAUAAUCUCGAGCCCCAGGACGACUUGGGUAUCAUGCCCGAGCCCUUUGUUGAUGCCAAAAAGCCUGAAACCCACGAUGAGACCGAUCCUGCCUACGAGAUGCACGCUGGACGUGCUAGCACGAGCACUGCUCACUGUCCUACUACUCCUCACGCUCGCGGUGAUGAUCACCUGGGCCACGCUCGUUCUCACGUUGACAAUGAGCUCUCUGCCGGAUGGACCGAGGCUCAAAAGCAAGCUGCUGGCAUCGUCACUGAAUCUUACGCUGCCCAGAUGACUGCCCUCUUCAUCCUCGAGUUCGGAGUCAUCUUCCACUCCAUAUUCAUCGGGUUGACUCUGGCUGUCGCUGGCGAGGAAUUCAACACUCUCUACGUUGUCCUUGUUUUCCACCAGUCCUUUGAAGGUCUCGGUCUGGGCACUCGUCUCGCUGCUGUCCCAUGGCCUGAUUCGAAGCGCUGGUCUCCCUACCUCCUUGGUCUCGGCUAUGCCAUCAGUACUCCCAUUGCUAUCGCCAUCGGACUUGGUGUUCGCCAGUCCUUUGCUCCUGGCAGCGAGACUGCUUUGAUCGCCAACGGUGUUUUCGACAGCAUCAGUGCAGGCAUCUUGAUCUACACUGGUCUCGUCGAGCUCAUGGCUCACGAGUUCAUGUUCUCCACCUACAUGCAACGUGCCAGCAUCAAGACUGUCCUGACCGCCUUCUUCGUUAUGUGCCUUGGUGCUGGUCUGAUGGCUCUGCUCGGAAAGUGGGCUUAA